UCAUACUGGAGCUCUUCUUUCAUUCACGGCACGAAUGGUCGAGACUACCUUGUCAUUUCUCAUGCCCUUGUAGGAUUUCCUGCACUGGGAACCCGGUUCAAUAUCUAUCGAUCUUCUCUUCUUGAUCUUGAAGAUACAUCUCAGUAUUCGCAAUAUGCCUGUGUUGCCGGCGAGGCGGAGAUUUAUGGGAAUACUGGUAUCCUCAACUUUACCACUCCUGACUACACAUUUGCAUCUACGAGUGCAACAGAUGCACUCUCCGGUAUACACACUUAUAGUCAGGUUGCUGGGCUAGAAUAUGAUCUCACUUUCGAUCUAUCUUCUGCGCCUUUGCUCAAUGCUGGUGUAGGCAUGUUCCAGGUCGGUGGUGGACUUGGGUUUCAAUGGUCCAUGCCUGCGGGGAAGACAACGGGUUGGAUUUCCAUGAAUGGAGUGAAGGUUGAUGUCGAUGCUAGUCGAUCUCUGACAUGGUACGAUCGACAGUGGGGUGUGAUUCCUGGGAACUUUACCUGGUUCCAAGUUCAUGUUCCGAGAAAGUUCGUUAAUGGAACGGAGGACGAGAUCUACUCCAUCUGGGCUUGGAGCGACAUGGUCAAUGGCAAUAAGGCUUUCGCUACACGCCGAACAGGGGGGCAGGCGGAGCAGAGCGUUGUACCCAUUGAUUGGAAAGUCUCAUCCAACAGAACUUUUGGGUCGGCCGCAACUGGCGUUGUAUAUCCUCUGGAUUGGACGGUUAAUGUUCCGGGUGGACCGGAGCUGCAACUGUCCAGCAUCAGGCCCGAUCAGGAAAUACAGGGCGCAGGAGUUCCUAUAGUUACUUACACAGGAUUCCUGGAUGUUACGGCCACAUACCCUGGUGGACGCCAGGUUCCAGCAUUUGGAGUGAUUGAGAAGAUAUAG